UUAUAUAUGCAUAUCCAUGAUCUAAAUCCGGCUACGCGCACUUUUGGGAAGCAUACGGCCGAAUGACUGAGCGACUUAGUACUUAUGGAAGAAGAACCCCGACGUCGCCGUAGACCCGCCUUGUCGUGCUUAGCUUGUCGGCGUCGCAAGAUCAAGUGUGAUCGAGCUACCCCUUGCGCGCGCUGCGUCUCUACGAACACACGUUGUUCUUAUCGAUUGGGUCUCGGGGGAGUUGGCAAUAUCCCGCUACCCCUUCGCCGAAUCGAAAAUCAGGCAUCUGCGGCUUUGAGUCCGAGGGCCUCGCCUCUUCCUUUGACCCCCGGCACUAAUGGUGGAAUACCUACCGCAGGACAUGAACAUAGUCUACCAGCCCCGAGUGGAUAUGCAAUAAGAUCUCAAGCUCCGCAGGCAGAGUGCUCGACUAGAACGAAUCACGAUGAAUUUCAGACAUCAAACCGCGUCCAAGAAGCAUCAGAACUUCAGGAUCUAAGGCAGCGAGUGCGGAAACUUGAAGCGCUAUCUGCCUCAAGCCCGGCCUAUGGACUUGCCGAGACGGGGCGGCAUGUACUCACCCGGCAGUCUGGUCUUCGAGAUUCGGAGAUCAUGCUGAAGAAAACGCGGCUCCUGAGAUGGAGUGACUGGAUGGGAACGGCCCCAGAGUUCCAAUUAGUUUACAAGUGCUUUGAGGUAGCCUGUGGCGCUGAGAGCACAUCAUUUCAGAGCGAUGAGACGAAGGCCGUAGUCACCGAAAUCGAUGAUCUCUACAAGAAGUGCAAGAGAAUUGCGAAAAGUCUCAAAGCGAAUAGGCCGAGCAGAUGCCUAACUUCCCCGCGGCCGUCUCUCGAGCCACCACCCCGCGCCAUGGCAGAUGAUAUGGCGACCGUCUACUUCCGGUGUUUCGAACCUGUCCAUAGAAUACUGCAUGAGCCUACAUUCUGGGCCGAGUACCCAAGUCUAUGGGAGAAUCCCGAAAGUGUGAGUGCGUCGCAGCGGUUCAAAAUUCUUCUCGUUAUCGGCAUUGGGUCAAGUCUCCAGGGUGGCCCAGACAAUCAGCUGCGCGAUAUAGUUCAGCAGUGGAUAUACACUGCCCAAGCUUGGUUAUCAGGGCCACUCGAGAAAGACCGCUUGAACAUCAGUGGGUUGCAAAUCCAUUGCUUAGUUAUGCUUGCCCGACAGAUAUACUCAGUUGGCGGUGACUUGGUGUGGAUGUCUAUGGGCUCACUUAUCCACAGAGCCAUGCAAAUAGGCUUACAUCGAGAUCCUAAGCAUCUUCCAAGCAUGUCCUCGUUACAAGCCGAAGUCCACAGGCGCUUAUGGUAUACCAUUCUCGAACUACUCGUACAGUCUUCCUUAGACUCUGCAAUGCCACCCCGGAUAUCACUUGAAGAUUUCGAUACGGAAGCCCCUUCGAACAUUAAUGACGAUGAGAUUGAUGAAAGCACCACCGUCUUGCAGCCACAUGCCAAAGGAGGCUACACUUCAGCGGCGAUGCAGCUUCAGUUGAUUGAUUCCCUGCCAAGUCGGCUCCGUACUGUCCAACUCUUAAAUGGGUUACACUCUGAACUAGCGUACCAAGGCGUUCUCACACUGCAUCGGGAAAUUACAGACGCCUGUCGAGCAUGCAAUAAGUUCGCCUCAGAUAACCGAAGUGCCGGGGUGACCGCAUUUCAACGGAAUUAUUGCGAUUAUCUAGUACGCCGAUUCCUGAUACCUCUACACUGCCCCUUCGCCAGCGAAGCACGUCUGAACCCUUUGUUCAACUACUCGCGAAAGGCCACCUUAGAAGCGACCCUAGCCUUCCUAUCCCCAGAGCCCGAUGAUCACUUCUCGCGACUUAUGGCUACAGGGAGCGGCAUGUUCCGCGAGGGGUUCAGGUACGCAGCGUCUACCAUCGCGCAUGAGAUUCUCGUCCAAGCCCAGUCCCAGCGUGACGACGGCACUUUCCGCAGUAAUACGAGACAACUCGAUUUCCUCAGACAGGCUAUGCAUGACCUCUCUGCGUUAUCAUGGGAGCGCAUUCGGCAAGGGGAAACAAAUAUCAAGGGCCCUAUGUUCCUGAGUAUCGUACUGGCUGUAGCUAACUCGGCGGAUAUAGACGCCGUGUGCGAGUUGACAAUGGCUCAGAACGCGCGGGAUAGUCUUGUUCUUUGCUAUGACAUACUAGAGGCGCGAGCGAGGGCUGCGCCUUGGCCGUCUCCUAACGAUGGCAGUCUCGCAUCAUCUAGCGGUGACGGUGACCAAGAUGUUCUUGGGCUGGAAUUCAACUUGGAUUUUUUCUUUCCUAACCUUUGGUAGUGAUCACGUACCCGAGCUGUAUGAACCUCGUCCUAACUCCUCAUUUCAUUUCUUCGGUGAUGUGUGAAAAAUAGAUAGAUAGGUAGAUAAGAGAUAGGUAGACUACA